ACGUCCCUUCCGGUGAGUGGGGCCUUUUUUGUUUUCCCAUAUCCGCCAUUUCAGUUUUUGAAGUUAGUUGUCAUCAGCGGCUGGUUUGUAGCAGCAUUCGUGCCUCUGAAAGAAGCUGUAUGAUUGGUAGACCAGCAGGCUGACCACAGACCACACCGGAGGUGUUUUUACAGCGCGGUUUUCCUCCUGUAUCUGCGGAUUGGAGCCCACACGGCCAGCUGUGGAUGUCGCCUGUUUACUGAACGUGCUCUCGGCGCUAAAGUUUUUUGUAUGAGUUGAAGGCUCCUCUUGUGGAUAACAGGAGGGAGAGCAGGGAAGGCCACGGGUAAAGCCUCGGCUUUGUGUUGGUGAUCAUGGCCGGAAGAUUUGACGCGUCGGACCGCGAGAGCUGGUACUGGGGCCGCUUGACCAGAGCGGAGACGGUGUGUAUGCUGCAGGGGCAGCGGCACGGCGUGUUUCUGGUCCGGGACUCCAUCACCAGCCCCGGCGACUACGUGCUGUCGGUGUCGGAGAACUCCAGAGUCUCGCAUUAUAUAAUUAACACGAACAGCCGAAAGCCCGAGCCAGGUUCGCCUCCCCACAAGUUUCGUAUUGGUGACCAGGAGUUUGAGUCUCUUCCCGCUCUGCUCGAGUUCUACAAAAUCCACUACUUGGACACCACCACUUUGAUAGGUCCCAUGAACAAGUCCAAAAAUCCCCGCUCCGCCCGAGGCGUGGCCAAAGCCCCGGCGCGCCUGGAAGAUGAGUACGUCCGGGGGCUUUUCGACUUCCCCGGCAACGACGAGGAGGAUCUCCCGUUUCGGAUGGGGGACAUCCUCAGAGUACUGGAGAAGCCUGAGGAGCAGUGGUGGAACGCCCAGAACUCUGAAGGAAAAACGGGGAUGAUCCCAGUCCCGUACGUGGAGCAGUUCAGACCAGCGUCUCCGAGUGCGAUGGCAGGGGCCGGCGUGCCUGCGGUGCUGCCUGCAGGGAACUCAGACAGCUCUGCGGCUCAGUCCGGCGCUCCGUUGACAGGAGACCCCAGCCAGUACGCCCAGCCCACUCCCCUCCCGAAUCUCCAGAACGGACCAGUCUAUGCCAGGGCCAUACAGAAGAGGGUGCCCAACGCCUACGACAAGACCGCCCUGGCUUUGGAGGUGGGCGACAUGGUGAAGGUGACCAAAAUAAACGUGAAUGGCCAGUGGGAGGGCGAAUGUAAAGGCAAGCAUGGCCACUUUCCUUUCACGCACGUGAAGCUGCUGGACCAGCACAGUGCCGAGGACGAACUGAGCUGAGGGCGGACCGCCGCUCCACCACCUGGACACUAGUACUAGACCCUUCCUCACCUCUCUUUUUCUCACCUAAUCCCCCUCCACCCAUCCUGCUCACUCCCCCCACCCUCCCCUUCCUCCCUGAGAUUUUAGCCGCACCAAGUACAGUUUCUGAGAAUCACCAAGAACAAAGCAGGCCCUCGUCGGACCCCCUCCACCCUCGCGUGAUCCGUUUCUACUCGUAUUAAUAAUCACCUCCUCUUCCUCGUCGUCUUUCCUGCUCUCCCAGACUGCAACACGGAAGAUGAACCUGCCUCUGCUGCUCCAUGGACUCGGCGACCACUCCCUAUAACUCGUUCCUGCCGUGGACGGCUUAUCGACGCUCGCUCCUAAGGAGACUCCUUGACGUAGCGUUCAACCACUUCCUCUUCCUGUGUGGAAACCAGUAAUGGCUGCUGUCAUUUUUUUUCUUUUUUUUUUUUUUUAUCUUCCACUAAGGGUCACUCAGGCUGCAUUCAUGCCAGAUGGGAAAACAGAACGUUUGCUCUAAUAACUGGUUUCCAUGAGUCUUCAAAGAUUUUAGUGAUUCAACUUGAUUUUUGGCAUCCAAAUCUACAUGUAUUGGAAUAAGGAGAAAUGAUUUUAGUUCUCUUGUUGCAUCCUCAUCAUACAUGUGAAGUUGCAGCUUCAGGAGACAGAUUUUAGGUGUCUGUUCCCCAUUCCCAUCUCGAUUUAAACCUAUUUUUUAAAAGCCCUUUUAAACUAAAUAUGCUCACAGUUCUGACAUUAUCUUUCCAGCUUUGUUUGUGUGAACUCAGAUUUCCUCAUGAAGUUCUUUGAAGUAGAGGCUCACCAAUCUUGAUUUUAAAUAACUUCACCUGCUGGUACCAACUUUAGCUGAUUCUAGUUUCUCUUUAGGAACCUUAGGGAUAAAAACAGGAUGUAUUUCUGUUCUGGCUGCCAUUUUCAGCCAUUAGAAAUUAUAUUAGGAGAAGAGAUGAUGUCAUGUCAUUCACUGGAAAACGGUUUUACAAGAGAAACUGAUUAUAGUUGAUGUCUUGAGCUGCCUUUGGCUCAGCUAGCUUGACAAGAACAACUGUCUCAUUGUGUAUUACACUGAGAUUUUCCAAAAAUCUCAGUGUAAAAAUGUAGAAAUCAGUUUAUACAUUUUCCAUACCAGUUUAUUUUUUAUUAAUCUGUACAGCACUUUGAGCUGCUUUUAGUAUGAAGAGUCCAAACCAGCAUGAAGAGUGCUUUAUAAUUAAAAUUGAUUGAUGGAUUGAUGGAUUGAUUGAU